AUGUCCGAAAACCCAAACGACAAAAUCAAUUUCUACGGGCGCCAAGUGACCCGGGCCCAGUUGGAGCCGUUUCUUGAGUUCUACAAAGCAGACCAUCAAUUGACCAUGCAAGACAGGCAAAUCAUGGCGUCUGAUCUUGAGAAAGUGAGAAACACCUCUGUCAUCUGGGGUAUGUUGGACGCUUCGAUUGCAUUCUUCGCUCCCACCAUGUAUCGGCGAUACACAACCUCUAAAACAUCUGUGCAAGGCGAGACAUGGCGCAAAAUGCCCGUGAGGAAAAUCAUCCACCGCCCAUUUCUCUCCGUGGCAAUUGGAACUGCUGUCUACUUCGGAUCGAUCUUCUACCAUGCUAAAACACAAAUUGAUUCUCAGGUGGACAAGCUCCGCGUUGCUGCGGCGUCUUCAUCUGGAUCCGAAACUGAAUCUGCUAGUCUGAAACGCAUGCUUGACGUCUGGCAGCAUAUGCUGCCUUCACAAAUCACCUUCUACUACUUGUACUACUGGAAGUCGAGCAAAGAUCCCUCGUCCAUCUUGAAAGACCCAUCAACCAUGACUCAGGAUGCACAUGAAGUACAUUACAUUCCGCCUCCACACGAGAAGAGGGGUUUUGGAGGAUUUGUGGCAGAGCCAGAGGAGAAGCACCUUCCACAUUGGGAGAAAAUCAGAAAGGAGAACGGGUUUGUUGAGCCUACAGUUUCUGACGAGAAGCUUGACGAUGCUACAAGUGAAAAGAGAAACUCGUGGGAAAAGAUCAGAAAAGGGAACUGA